AUGGCUGUUGCGCCACCGUACGUUAACCGCAGAGACAAUGCACUUUAUAUCGACCUCUUCGGAGACUCAACCCACUACUACACAUCUGGUGAUCGCAUCCAUGGCGUCGUCCGUGUCAAUCCAGACUCAAGACCACAACGUGUGACUUUGGUCUUUAAAGGGACCUCGACCAUUCAUGAUUUAAACGCAAAGGCUGUCAAGAUUGAGUUGUUCAGAUACUCACUGGAUUUGUUCGAAUCUUCGGGUAAUGGGGAUGGGCUUGACACACUGCGCAGAGAUACAGCUAAAGACGGCAAAGUUGAGUUGCCCUUCGAAUUCACGUUCCCACAAACCGUCGAGCUCUCGCCACCACAGGACAGAGAAUGGUGGUACUCUCAAGACGUGUUCAACCAUCCUCGGUUUCAGCACUCCCCAGGCUUCCCGCUACCCCCAAGUUAUACGCUGUCCAAAUUCGGUACUGGACCUCUGAUAUCUGGGCCCAUCGUCGCUGAUCCCGAGGCGGUGUAUAUACGGUAUUACCUAGAGGCCCGCAUCGAGAUUUCCACCUCAGAUACCUCCAACGCAAAACCACCUCCAGCACGCCAAGAGCUCCAUUUCAUCCCCCCAGCACCUCCCUACGACACCUCACUCCUCCACCCCCUAACCGACUUCGGCACAAACAUCCCCAAGCAAUUCUGCCGCUACAAGUUCAUCCGGACACGAAACCUUCUCCCAAACUACGAGAAAAGCAGCAAACGCGGGCGCGUAAAAGACUUCCUAGUAGAAAAAGAGCUCUUCUUCGGCCUCCACAGCUACAGCGAAGUCCCAUUCGUGCGCUUCGACCUCUUCGCCAUCCCCGCGCGUAUCGUUAGAAUAGGCUCCCCGUUCCCCAUCGCCCUUAAGAUCGAACACCUCGAGCGCUCGAAAUCGCUGCCGCACCCGCCGAAGCUGUUCCUCCGCCGUGUCCGCGUCCAGAUCACGGCGAGGUAUUAUACUUUUAUCCCGACGGCGGCGACACAGGGACAGGUGCAACACGCUCGCAAAGAGGAAACACACACCAUCACCUCCACACUUACCCUCGCAGACAGGAAAUUCGACUCCGGCGCCGGAGAGCUGAUGUACCAUGACAUGGACCUCGCGCGUGUCGCGGACCUGCACCUUGGACUUGCAAACGACAAGCUCAUCCCGAGUUUCACCAGCUACGGCCUUGCGCUCGAACAUGAGGUGCAGGUGCAUGUCUGGGGCGAGUGCGCGAAGCAUGGGUUCGAGGGGUUGGCGUGCAAGGAGAUGAUUCAGAUUGUUUCGCCGUGGGUGAUGGAGCCGCCGCCGCUGCUGCCGGGGGUGGGGGAGUCGAGGAGGGAGGAGGGGGAGGCGUUGGGCGUGCCGCCGCCGCCGUAUGGGUCGUGA